GUAUCAUGGAAGGCGCUGACUGUGUAAAGGAGCGACACCGCCUCAGAAUUACAAUCGUCUGGUUCGAUCCUGACCUCCUGUGCUGUCUGAGAGGUCGCAGGGGAGUGGGACUGGGGCAGUUGUUUUGAACUGGCGUGGAAAGAAAUAGUGAAAAGGCUAUGCUGGUAUCUCUUACAUGAACAUACUCGCCAGUAACAAGGAGAAUGGGGUGGUUUGCAAUGGAAUUGCCCUUAUUUGGGAUUCAUUCCAGAGGAUGUCAUUUGUUAAAGAGUCUUCAAUUCUGGAGGAUAAAGGCUGCACAUAAUGUCAGAAGAAAUGUAAGAAGUACUUUCUUCAGGAAGUAUAGCACUCCCCCAGGGGACAUUAAGUCAUUGCGCACUAUUAUUAAUCCUGACAUCUCUAAAAUAAGAAACAUUGGGAUCAUGGCACAUAUCGACGCAGGAAAAACUACAACCACAGAGAGGAUACUUUAUUAUGCAGGAUACACCAGGACACUUGGGGAUGUUGAUGAUGGGGACACGGUGACUGAUUUCAUGACACAGGAGCGUGAGCGUGGGAUUACCAUUCAAUCAGCUGCAGUCACCUUUGACUGGAAAACCCAUCGAAUCAAUUUGAUAGAUACACCAGGUCAUGUGGAUUUUACAAUUGAAGUUGAGCGUUCUUUACGUGUUCUUGAUGGAGCAGUAGCAGUAUUUGAUGCUUCAGCUGGUGUCGAGGCACAAACCCUGACAGUGUGGCGACAGGCAGACAAACAUCACAUUCCUCGUAUAUGUUUCUUGAACAAGAUGGAUAAACCCAGAGCCAGUUUUUCCUACUCCAUUGAAAGCAUUAAAGAGAAGCUGAAAGUUAAACCUCUUUUGCUACAGCUGCCCAUUGGAACAGGAAAGACAUUUAAGGGGGUAGUUGAUGUAGUCACAAAUGAAAAGGUACUUUGGUGCCCAGACUCUACUGAUAAUGAUGAUGGCGCCGUCUUCAGCCGAGAUCCUUUGACUCCAGCGGAUGGCCAUGGACUAUUAAAAGAAGCUAGAGAUGCAAGAUAUAGCCUCAUAGAACAAGUAGCAGAUUUGGAUGAUGAAUUUGCUGAAUUGGUUUUGGAAAUGUUAAGUGAGAACAUGGAUGCUGUUUCAGCUGAAAAUUUAACUGCAGCCAUCCGCAGAGUCUCACUAGCACAAACAGCAGUACCAGUUUUGUGUGGAAGCGCACUGAAAAAUAAAGGUGUUCAGCUGUUAAUGGAUGCCAUCUUAAUGUAUCUGCCAGCCCCAAAUGAAUGCCAGCGUGAUUUUAUGCUUUGUUAUGGGAGUGACCUUUGUGCUCUUGCCUUUAAAGUUGUUCAUGAUAAACAACGUGGACCAUUGGUAUUUCUCCGUGUCUACUCUGGGACUUUGAAACCUCAGUCAGCUGUUCAUAACAUCAAUAAAAACUGCAUAGAACGGAUGAGCCGUCUUUUGCUACCUUUUGCUGAUCAGCAAAUUGAGAUCCCUGCACUGCAGGCCGGAAACAUUGCGCUGACUGUGGGACUCAAACAGACAGCCACAGGUGACACUAUAGUUUCGUCAAAGUCGCUGGCAGCAACUGCAGCCCAUCGAGCAGGGGUGGGCUCUGCGAAGAGGCACGUUGAGCAGGAGAAGCAAGUACUGGCUACAGUUGAAAUUCCAGAACCUGUCUUCUUCUGUACGAUUGAGCCACCAUCUAUGGCAAAACAGCCAGAUCUGGACCAUGCUCUUGCCUGCCUUCAGCGGGAAGAUCCCAGUUUAAAGGUGAAGAUUGAUCCAGAUUCUGGUCAGACUAUUUUAUGUGGAAUGGGAGAACUGCACAUUGAAAUAAUUCAUGAUCGAAUCAAGCGAGAGUAUGGAAUUGAGACAUACCUUGGACCUCUCCAGGUGGCCUAUAGAGAAACUAUAAUACAGUCUUCCAUUUCAAGUGAUACUCUUGACAGAACAGUGGGGGAUAAACGUAAUCUGGUAACAGUGGAGCUUUCUGCCCACCCAUGGCUGGGAGAAGGAUCAAAGACAAAACCUCUUGUUGAAAUUUCAGAUCAUAUAAUGAAACAGCUUUCUACAGAAACUCAUCAUGCUAUAGAAAAUGGAAUCAAAAACUCAUUUCUUCAAGGUCCUCUUUUAAGGUUCCCAGUUCAGGAUGUGGUGGUUACCUUACAGUCUCUAAAUAUAUACCCUGGAACAUCCACGCCAAUGAUUUCUGCUUGUGUUUCACGUUGCGUGCAGAAGGCAUUAAAGCAGGCUGGAAUCCAGGUGCUUGAGCCUGUGAUGAAUCUGGAAAUUAUAGUGGAUGAGGAUCGCCUGAGUGUGGUGCUGGCUGAUCUGGCUCAGCGAAGAGGAAACAUUCAAGAAAUUCAAAACCGAUUAGACAACCAGGUUGUCUUGGCAACUGUGCCACUUGCAGAAAUGAUGGGUUACUCAACUGUUCUUCGUACUUUAACCUCGGGCAACGCUACUUUCACUUUGGAGCUGUCCAACUAUGAGCGGAUGAGUUCACAAGACCAAAACGUACUUUUUAACAAGAUGAUGGGCACCAUGUAAGGUCCUGUUCAACUGGAGAAACUGAGUAAGGACAGAUACUGGAAAUUGUACUGUAAAGGUGCACUUUCAUAUUAGAACUGAAAAUACUUCACCUGCAGUAUCACACGAUGUUCCAGUGAUCCUAUUGAGGAAAAAGACAUCAUCUUCCUGGGACAGAUUUCAGAUUAGAUUGAUCUAUGAUUCAAAAUCCCCAAUCUAUGUUAACUAAGGUCAUUGUCAAGACUGAGGGGAUGAGUACAUACUGUUAGGAGUUGUGAGGCAGAUCCCUUCAGGACAUUUUCAACUGAAUCUAAGGACCCAAUAAGAUUAAUAGUGAAAUUUUUUUACUGCUUUUAUUUAUAUGCCAAAAGGGUCCAUUGAGUUAAAAUUCAGAUAUUAUUGUAAAUGUUCCUUAUUAUUUCAAAACUGAAGUAUAGUUUUAAUUUUACACUUGAAGGUACAAUUGUGGAAGAUGUAAUAGUAUUCAUGACUUUGCUUGUUGAGACUUAAAUUCUCUUCCCAAUACUUGAAAUUUAGACAUCUAUAAUUCACAUUAUUGAGCUAGAAUGGACAUAAAGCAGUAUCUAAAUGAUGUUACUUUCAAAUGCUAUCAGUCAUGUUUCAUCACAUACCCUUAAGCAGUUUACAUUUACUAUUCUAAGCAUUUCAAAACAAAUAAGGGCAGAAUUUUCUUUCUCAGUUUGAAUCACCAGACUAAUGAAGAGUCUUAUCCUGAAAUGUUAAUUGUUCAAUUCCCUCCAUAGGUGCUGCAUGACCUGCUAAAUUCCUCAAUUUUUUUUGCUCCAGGUUCCAGCAUGUGUAAUCUCUUGUAUUCAGUUGUAGAAAAUAAUGCUGGAUGAAUGAUCAAUUAUUUGUCUGAUUCGUCCAAACUCAAUUCUAAUUUCAUUUUAAAGCAAUUAAAACAUUGACCAGGGGAGAAUUGAAAUGUUGUUUCUUCUAUAUCUCCAGCAUUUUCUCAGCUUGUGAUGUUCUAUUAAUACGGACUUACUCUGAAAAUUCUCUGAAUAGAUAGGCUGAAGAACUCAAUGAGAGGUCAGCAGGUGAAGCUAUUGGGAGGACUUAAAGCAGCUUGGAAGGAAGAUGAGAAACUCAGGGAAUUUGGAUAGCAGGGAAUUAGAGCAGAAUGAGGAAGCUGGAAGCAUAAUAAGUGGAAUAGGUGGCAAAGGAUAAAUAAAGAACAGUAACGGAUGUCAAAGUACAAAAAGUUGUUAAAAAUGCCAAAAAUAAAGCCCCCUACAUCUGAAUGCCCACAGCAUUCACAAGAGGAUAAAUGAGGGUGCAACUUUAAUAAGGGCAAAGAUCAGUUCAGUGGUAAGAAAUGGGCUUGCUUAGAAGAUGAUGUAGAACUAGACUUAGCAUGGUUCUGUCAAAUAAAUAAGAAGGGAUAGCAAAUAUUGCCAUGAGUUAUUUAUUCACCAUCAAAUAGUUGUAAUAUUGGGCAUGGCAUAAAUCUAAUUAAAAUGUGGUAUCCGGCAUAAUAAAACAAUCAUAGGAGACUUUAAAUAUCAUAGCUAAAGCUUUUUCUUAGGAGAAAAACAGAAUUACCAUGAAUGAUUGUCCAAUUUCACUUUAAACAUUCUUAUUCAAAUUAGCAUCCAAAUAUAAAAACAAUCUUAUCACGUCAUUUUACACAUAUUUAUAGUCAUAGAAAUCACCCUCUUCCCCCACACCCCAGGGAAUGGUGAAAGUUUCUAAGAGGGUGGUGGAGGACGGGUGCAGCUAGAGUUUACUGGUUUAAUUCAAGAAAUGAAUUAGUUACUAUAAGCAUUUGAUUUUUAGUGCGUAAUUGAUUACAAUGAUCACGUAAUCACCUCACUUCUUGUUAACUCACCAUUCUCUUAGGCUUUGUUCAAAGCAUGUAAUGGUUGUUGAAAGACUAUGUGACACUUAUGUAUUUGGUAUAUCAUGAGAAAUCUGGACUGAAGAUAUCACGUUAUUUCUGGGCCCAGCCCACGCGUUAUUGCUGUUCACCACUGUAGUAUAGUGUUAGCUAGUACAAUUCCCAUAUUGUAAGCACACAGUUAUGCAAUUCCUGUGAAGUGGGUUAAAAUUCAGAAUCUGACCUUUUGAAUGGUCGUGGCUGCAUUUCUCUAGCCCAUGGCCCGACUGAAAUAUCGCUGCCCCACUUUAUGUACCUUCAGGCAGAUGGGCAUGUUUUGCUUGAGCUAUGAUGAUGUCAUAACUCUCCCCUUUAUUGAUGGAAGUGCUUGAGGUUGGACUGAAACAAUAGAUGAUUGACUGUGGUCGUUGAUCCAUAAUAAAAAUGGCAGAAUCAGACCAAAUGAAAAAGUGUAGACAGUAUAGAGUGGAGUAUCUGAAAUAUAGAUUUAUACCAGAACCAAGCAACCACUAGCAGCCAAUGUGACUGUUAUGCAAACAAGUUUUUCAAGUGAGGCAGUGAAACUGUCUGGGCUCCUUGAACAUUUGAAGAGAAUACACUCUGAUAAAGCAAACAAGAACUUGGCUUAUUUUCAGCCAUUUCAUGCAAACUUUCAGAAACUAAAAAAAAGCAGUUCAAAGCAUGUUUACCAGCACCUCACAACAAAACAGUGUGCUUCACACAUUUCAUUGCUCAUUGCUAAAUCUGUAAAGCCCCAUACAAUUGGAGAAAAAUUGAUUCUGCCAGCAGUAAGGGAGGUUCUGAGUACUGUUUUGCAUAAAUCUCCUGACCAAGUAAUUCAAGUGAUUCUGCUUUGCAACAAUUCUGUUCUAAGUCAAAUAGAUUAAAUGUCUUGAGAAUGUGGAAGACACAUUGUGCAACAUAGUCAGGACAAAGAUUUUGCUCUGCAGUUGGUUGAGUCAACUUUGCUUGUGUUGAGCAUACAUCAAUGGAACGUUAGGAAAUUCACUACGCAACUUUCAAUUAAUUGAAACUCGGACUUUGUUUUUGCACAAACAGCAAUAUAACUAUGUUGACCCUGGGACAAAAACUUAAAACAUGAAUCCUAUUGUUCUCUCUACCAAUAUUCAUUCAGACCACCUUUCCAAUUUAAAAUACUGAAAUAGGGGAUCUUCCGUUGGCCAGACAAUUGAUUAUUUCUUCUCUCAGUCAAUGGCAUGGGAGUUCUUCCUUGUGAUAGUAGGUCCCCAAAAAGAGUUAUCGCUGGCUUGUAUUUGAAAAUCUCUGCUUUUAUAUUCAUUAAUUACGAGUUCAAAUGUUGCAUUUCAGCAUUAGUGGCUAUGGGACAUCUGCCUGGCCUUUAACACCUUCUAAUUGGCUCUGGUCCAAGCCAGCAUCCAUUUAUUGCUCUGCUUUCCACAAGUGACAAUUGGUAAUUUAUGGCUCUUUGUUCUCUUCAGUAAUCAGCUCGAAUCACUCAGAGCAGACACAGACCCCAACAUUCACAAACCUGCAUGUUAUAUCAAUGAACACCUCACAAAUAACUUCUUAUUUAGAAAUUUUCUCUAAUCCAGCAGAUUACCUGGAGCAUCAUUGCGUCAACUUUUUUUAAAAAUCUGAUUUAGCCAAGCAAUAUUAGUCCACAAAAUGGAGGACGCAGUCAUUUUACAAAAUGGCAGCCUCCAUCUCCUUCAACCUCAUGGCAAGAACAAAGAACAAAGGUUUGUCUGCUCCCACUGUCCUUGGGUGAUUGGAGUCUGACGUUUUCUUCCAUGUUUUAAUUCCUCAAUAGCCAAUCUUUCCUUCUUGGUUAUAUUUGCUUCAUUAAAGGUGAAAGCAUGUUUCAUAGGUUGUUACUUUGAAUGGGACUAUAGACAGAUACAAAGGAGGAGUCAAUAUUUUGGGUUGUUGAAAAAUUUUUCAAAGAGAAGGACAUUCUACUAACCAAUAUUCUUGCUUGUACAAUGGAUGGGGAACUAUCAAUGACAGGAUGCCAUGGUGGGGUUAUAACUUCCAUGAAAAAAGCUGUAGCUACACAUUCAGUGUGUAACUCACAGACAACAUUGUGUCACGAAAACCAAAGUGAUUGGAUGCACAAAUUAUUAUAUACUGUUAUCACAGCAGUAAAUAAAAUCACUUUUUUAUUGAUGAAACGUGGUGGAGGUAAGCUCCCACUGUCUAUUAAAUGCUCCCAAUGCAUGUGUCUCAAAUAGCCUCUGACAUCCAUGUGGCUUAGCUACUAAGCCUGGCAGAACCAUUUCUAUUGAAAUGGAGAAGGUGCAAAGGUAGGUUACUGGUGUCUUAAAACCAGUCGCUUUGGGCAGAUGGAACUCGUCAGCCGAAGUUGGCAGCUCCUCUAGAGGAAGGAAAACUCCGAUCUAAAACCUCUGCUGCCUUGUGGCUAUAUCCACUAAUGAGGGGGCUGUGGGAGUAAACCCCAAAGUAAAAUCUGGAACUGUCAUCCCUAAGGCAGUCCUACGUUGAGUUCAACACUAACUGGCAACUCCUGCGACACCACUGGUACUAAACUGUAUCCGUCUCUGCUGUUCCUUUGUAUUCAUCAGCUGUGCGGAGAGGUGGAGCCUGCAGCAUGGUAACAGCUUGUUCUCCCUGGCUUGUGUACCAUGUAGACAGCUAGGACACAAUAUCCAUGGUCAACCCCUACCAAUGGAGGACCUCAUAAACAAAAUUAAGUCCAGUGUUCUCAAUUCUCGACUAUUUCAAGAGCUUUGUAUUGAGAAUGAACAGUUUGAACACUUGCUGUUGCACACAAUAUUCAGAUUGCUCUUAAAAGGAAAUUGUGAGACUUUUAUGCGCUUUUUGAAACUGAUGAAACUCUUUGAAGAUUCGAAUGCUUCAUUCAGUAAUCAACUCAAGAAUAUUAGACGUGACAUUGCUUAUUUGUCAUAAAUAUUCAUAGAGUUUAAUGAGCUGGCUUGCCCACAGAAGGCAAAGAGUGGUUGUAGACAGGUUAUAUUCUGCACGGAGGCCAGUGACCGGUGGUGUGCCUCAGGGAUCUGUUCUGGGACCCCUAUUCUUUGUGAUUUUUAUAAAUGACCUGGAUGAAGAAGUGGAGGGAUGGGUUAGUAAACUUGCUGAUGAUACCAAGGUUGGUGGUGCUGUGGGUAGUGUGGAGGCGCUGUCAGAGGUUACAACAGGACAUUGAUAGGAUGCAAAACUGGGCUGAGAAGUGGCAGAUGGAGUUCAACCCAGGUAAGUGUGAGGCAGUUCAUUUUGGUAGGUCAAAUAUGAUGGCAGAAUAUAGCAUUAAUGGUAAGACUCUUGGCAGUGUGGAGGAUCAGAGGGAUCUUGGGGUCUGAGUCCAUAGGACACUCAAAGUUGCUACACAGGUUGACUCUGUGCUUAAGAUGCAUUGGCCUUCAUCAAUCGUGGGAUUGAGUGUAAGAGCCGAGAAGUAGUAUUGCAGCUAUGUAGGACCCUGGUCAGACCCCACUUGGAGUACUGUACUCAAUUCUGUUCCCCUCACUACAGGAAGGACGUGGAAACCAUAGAAAUGGUGCAGAGGAGAUUUACAAGGAUAUUGCCUGGAUUGGGGAGCAUGCCUUAUGAAAACAGGAUGAGUGAACUCAGCCUUUUCUCCUUGGAGCAACGAAGGAUGAGAGGUGACCUGAUAGAGGUGUACAAGAUAAUGAGAGGCAUUGAUCAUGUGGAUAGUCAGAGGCUUUUCCCCAGGGCUGAAUUGCCUAGCACGAGAGGGCAUAGUUUUAAGGUGCUUGGAAGUAGGUACAGAGGAGAUGUCGGGGUAAGUUUCUUAUGCAGAGAGUGGUGAAUGCGUGGAAUGAGCUGUCGGCGGCUGUGUUGGAGGUGGAAAUGAUAGGGUCUUUUAAGAGGCUCCUGGAUAGGUACAUGGAGCAUAGAAAAAUAGAGGGCUAUAGGUAAAGCCUAGGUAGUUCUAAGGUAGGGACAUGUUCGGCAAAACUUAGUGGGCUGAAGGGCCUGUAUUGUGCUGUAUGUUUCUAAAUCAAUCUUCAAUUGCAAGGAAAUUAUGCAAAUCUUACCAAAGUAAAAUCGGUCAUCUCCACAUUUCUGUUCAAGUUAACCCGACUUAAGUCCACCGUCGGAAGAGAAAGAAAGAAUGCCAGAUGAUGAUCUUCAAGUAUAUUGUGCCCACCUGGGUGAGACUGCAUAAAGACCGAUCAGGGAGAUUUCAGAAUCUUGAUCCAAAUACCAGAUCAGAUAAUCAAUCUAUUCCUAAACACUUGUAAUGAGGAAUUAACAAAGAGGAUGGAGGAAGAACUGCUCUCAUUGCAAAAUGACUGAGCUGAAGCCUAGAUUUAAAAAAUCAUAUCAAGACUUUUGGUUGCAGAAAGAAAUCUCUGAAUGUUAUCCUGCACUGUUGAAGAAAGUCAAGAUUUUCUUUAUUGCCUUUCCAACAUCAUAUUCAGAAAAGCACGGUUCCAGUGCAGUUGCCCAAUUUCUUUCAAAUCAUCAAAACAAACCACAAAUUACUGAACAUGGGGAUCUGAGGCUCCUGAGUGACAUUCAGCCUGAUGUUGUGAA